UUGAGCAAUCUCCUCUUGUUCUUCACAUUCCCUACCUUUUUCACUCAAAACUUCUCCCCUUUUCCCUCCUCACCUAUCAAGAAAAUUCAGAAGAAAUCUACAGUAUGAGAAAUAAACAUCAACAUCAACAACAGCAGCUUUAUCACCAUAUUCGCAAUAGUAGCGGCAGUUUCUUUUUCCCAAUCCUUUGUAAACUUUCCAUUAAAGAUGUAAAGUUACCGAAUCCUUCUUCUUCUUCUUCUGGAGAUAAUCUGAACGAACCUUCUUCCCCAAAAGUUAGCUGUAUGGGCCAAGUCAAGAGAAACAACAAAGUCAUUGGGUUUCCAACUACUACUACAGCCUUAUCCGCCCCACUUAAUCCCAAACUGAAGAAAUUGUUCUCCCGCAAGAAUUUUACUGCUGGUAAUAAUAGACAACUGAAGACAAGUGUUACUGUUACUGUGGGCGGUUCCAGAAAAUCUACUAUUAAUGAUAAAGGUAAAAUUAUUGAAGUGAUUAAUCUUAGUGAAUUGGAUCCGCCGUUGCCGGUGGUGAAGAAGGUUAAACCGCCGCCGGAGGAUGGUGGUUUAUGGAAGAGGAGAUCAGGUGGGGUUGCAUUGACAAGUCUGCAGAUCAAUUUACCCACUCACAACAAUUUACUCCAACCAACUACCGUCUAGUGAGUUAUUACUCUUUUAAAAGUUUUUAGAUUUUUUUGUAAAUGAUUUUUUGUCUUCUUUUUAAUUUUUUAUUUAGUGUCAUCAAUAACAAAGAAUUAGAUCUAAGAUUAGCAUUUUUA